AUGUAUCAGAAUAAGGAUUAAAUAAUAUUGAAUGAUUAGAUAUAAGAUGAAAUUAUCAAGUCCUCAUCUAAUUAGAAUUUUAAUAAUGAGAAAAAAAUUUAUAGUUCAAGUAUCACUUGCACUACUACAGAUGAUAUAAUCAAAAUAGAAGCAAUUCUUCGAAUCUACUAUGUUACUCCUUAACUCAUUUUAAAAGGAGCAUAUUUAAUAUAAGCAACUUCAAUAUGUGGAUUCAUAAAUAUAACAAUUGAUAGUGGUAAUUGUUAAGAAAAUCGAGCAGUAUAUCCUAGUUAUUCAAUAUGUCUACAAUGUGACACUAAUUAUGUAAUAUUUAAAAAUGGUUACGUUAAUGCUUGUCCAUUGCAUUCGGCCUAUUGCAUUGAUUAUGCAGAUAUAGUUGGAAGACAAAAUUAAAUUUCAAGAAACAAUUCAUCAAUAUGA